AUGGGUCCACGGCGGAAAAAGAACAAGCCAUCCACCCCUCUGGACGACCCUGACAGUACCCAGUCCGAUAAUACUCUACCACACAAGAUUCCACCAUUAUCGACCGCCCAGGGACACUCACAACCACAGUCCGACACCACUCAAGCAGUAUCCCAUGCGAAGCAGUCAUCUGUCUCCUUCAUCUCACCAUCAACACCGUCAUCUACGGCAGAGAAACGAAGCAGCUGGUACAAGGGCGCUCCAUGGCGGUCAAAAGCCAAUCCUGUAGCCCAAGCGACACACGAAAGCAUCUCAGUCGCUGGAGGUGCCACCAAUGAAUCCCUAGCGGGUAGUCCACAAUCAGGAGGUCGUUUCGUCCAUCCCUCGUUGCGACGCAGUUCCAAGUCGAUUCCCACAAUCUCGUCCGACUCGGUCAACGCGACAGGCAACAGCGUGAAAUCAGAGACGCAGCCUGAGAAGAAGGCUGAUGAGGUCGUCGUCAAGACGGAUAACACACAAGCCACAGUCACUGCUAGCAGCUCUUCUUCCUCGACAGAUCUGAAGCCUCUCCCCACCGAUGCUAUAACACAACAAACACCACAAGCCGCGCCCGAGGCUCCAUUGCCGCCAGAGCCGACACAAGAUGCUGCUUCUGGCUGGUUUGGAGGAUGGUGGUCCCGCCCUGACGGCUAUACUGAUCAUUCUAGAAUGCUGAAAGUACAGGACGACCGUAAAGAAGCUUCGAGCACACCACUACCUUCGACCCCUGAACAGACGCCAGCCCAAGAAUCGAGCCUAGACGUCGACCCUAUCAAUAUAAAUGAUACGAUGCGCUCGGUCCGUAGUGUGGGUACAGCCGCAUCGUCACGCAGCUGGUUCGGCCUUUGGAGUAAUGCUCAGAAUCAGCAGCAGACAGAGCAGGAAACGGUCACAACUCCGUCCAAAGACGCAUCGCCCGAUCGUCCUGCCCCUGUCGAAGAGCCCGUCAAGCCCACAGAAACGCCAAACAAGAAGCCAGCGGCACCUGAGGUCAAGCAAGGCGAGGAAACACCACAGACAAAGUCGUCAGGUUGGGCAUUCUGGUCGCGAGCCGAGGGCAACGAUGAGAGUGCCACGCCCAACGGCACACAGCGCCAGGUCGGAGAACUCGCCGUUGCAGACACGCCCUCGCAAUCUCAUCCUGAGGCUGCGCAGUUCAAUGAACAGCGCAAGCGAAAAACAAAGUCGACUAAGCUCGGUCUGGCAGCCAUGAACAACAGCAGCUCCACAUCACUGUCGUCAGCCAGUCAGCCUCAAGUCGCAUUGAAAGACGCCGUCAAAACACCCGACACAACCAAGAGCCUUGCAGAUGCAAAAGCAGCAAAACCUCAGGCACAUCCCAAUCUCGUGAUACCCAGCUUCGACGAGAGUUACUCAGCAGAGUAUAUCCCCUCUUAUCGCGAACGCCUGACCACCUAUGUCGCCUCUACGCUCCGUCUUAUCGAGACACCAUCAGCUCCCAAGCACGUCUCUAUUACACCCACUCCACCAAAGAUCAAGAACGCAAUCGCCAUUGGUGUACAUGGUUACUUCCCUGCUCCACUGAUUCAGAAGGUCCUCGGACAACCUACAGGAACCUCGAUCCGCUUUGCCAACUAUGCGUCGACUGCCAUCCGUGACUGGGUCCAAACCAAUCAACCAGACACGCCUUGCGAGAUUGAGACGGUCGCUCUGGAGGGUGAAGGCUUCAUCGCUGACCGCGUGGCGACGCUCUGGAAGCUCAUGCUCAACUGGCUGUCUCACCUCCGUCAAGCCGAUCUCAUCCUUGUGGCUUGCCACUCCCAAGGCGUGCCUGUUGCCAUCAUGCUGGUUCACAAGCUCCUUCAGCUUGGAUGCCUAUCACCUCAUGCCAAGAUCGGUAUCUGCGCAAUGGCUGGCGUCAACCUAGGACCUUUUGCCGACUACAAAAGCAGAUGGCUGGGUGCAGGUGCAGCGGCUGAGUUGUUCGAGUUUAGCAGACAGGACAGUCGGGUCAGCACCGAAUACAAAGCUGCUCUUGAUGGUGUCUUGAGACAUGGAGUGAGGAUCACCUAUUGCGGUAGCAUCGACGAUCAACUUGUUUCUCUAGAGUCCUCCACCUUCUCGACCCUCACACACCCAUACGUCUACCGAGCCGUCUUCGUCGACGGCCGGCUUCACGCCCCAGACUUCCUAUCCCACCUCGUCGCCUUCGCCCUCAAACUGCGCAACCUCGGCGUCUCGGACCACGGCCUCAUCCGCGAAUUGUCUCUUCCUCUCGCCGGUUCCUUGUACGGCGGCGAAGGCCACUCGCGCAUUUACGAUGACCCAGCAGUGUACACACUCGCCCUGCGCUUCUGCCUCGAGACCACCGAUUUGCCUUCCUCCUCUGCCCCAUCCUUAGACGCAGCAUCCCGCCGCUCGUCUCGCGGCGGACCGCCCGAGUCCGUCUCGGCAGCCAACUCUCUGCGCCGCGGCAGUGUUUCUGCUUCCUCUGUCGCUGGUAUUCCACCGUCUUUUGCAGACUUUGAGAUCCCAGCGAGCGGCAGUAAUGCAAAUCCUUACUUUUUGCCUUGGGCGCUGAGAGGCAUUCUUGAAGAAGAUGUUGUGAAAGGAGAGGAUAUGAAGGAAGAGGUUAGAGCACUGGUAGAGGAGUUUGAGGAGUGGAGGCCCGUUAGCAAGGUGCUCAAGGAUGUGAGGUUCAGGUUGGAGGGAGUGAGGAGCAAACUUUGA